AUGAUGGAGGAUAAGGAGGCCCUGCAGCAGCAGCUGUAUGAACACAUGCUGCAGAUGUCUGCGCUGCAGGCCAAGCUGGACGACAAGAAACACGGGCAGGAGGUGGCUGACUCCUGGGUGGCACAGCUGCAGGAACAACUCAAAGUGGAGAAGGAAGCUCUCAACAGGAAGGAGAGAGAGGAUAAGGAGGCCCUGCAGCAGCAGCUGUAUGAACACAUGCUGCAGAUGUCUGCCCUGCAGGCCAAGCUGGACGACAAGAAACACGGGCAGGAGGUGGCUGACUCCUGGGUGGCACAGCUGCAGGAACAACUCAAGGUGGAGAAGGAAGCCCUCAACAGGAAGGAGAGAGAGAUGGGGAACCUGGUGGAGCAGUUGGAGCAGUUCCGGGAGGAUCUGGUGGAUAAGGAGGAGGAGAUCCAGAGACUGAACAUGGAGAUCCAGAUCCAGCAGAGGGAGAUCAGCGCUCACACAGACGUGGAUCAGCAGACAGCAGAGAUACUGGAGGAAAACGCCAACCUCAAGUCAGCGCUGAAGACCCUACAGGACCAGUCUGAGCAGGACCUGUCCCUGCCUCGCUAUGCCCAGGACCUGCUGCAGGAGAAGAACUCUGAGAUCGACCACCUGAAUGAGCAGAUAAAACAACUCCGAGAUGACAUGAACCAACUUCCUGAGGCUGAUACAACAAGCACUGCUGCCCAGACAGAGGACUCAAGUGUGGAGGACCAGGAUGACCAGGAAGUUCUCCUAGACCAGAAGGAGGAGGAGAUUUCUGCCCUGAGAGUGGAGCUGUUGAACAUGAGGAACAGAGACCCACUCCUGGAACCUGUGGUACAACAUGCCAUGGAGAGGAGCAACCAGGAAUAUGAACAAGCCAAGGCACAGCUACAAGAAGAUAUCAGAAAGAUGGAAGAUCAACUCAGAACUCAACAGAAAGACAUGGAAUCUUUGAAGCAGCAGUUAUUAGGGGACCAGGAAGAGGAGGCUGCAGUGAUGCAGCAAGAGAUGACUGCAGCGCAGCAAGAGAGAGUUGCUGCUGAGGAGGCAAGAACUGCUGCAGAGGAAAUAAUGGCUGCAGCACAACAAGAGAGAGCUGUAGCAGCAGAACAGAACAUUGCUGCACAACAGGAGAGAGCUGCAGCAGAGGAAGCAAAGACUGCUGCACAGCAGGAAAGAGCUGCAGCAGAACAGGAGAGAGCUGCAGCAGAAGAACAGAACAUUGCUGCACAGCAGGAUAGAGCUGCAGCAGAACAAGAGAGAGCUGCAGCAGAACAACAGAAUAUUGCAGCACAGCAGGAGAGAGCUGCAGCAGAGGAUGCAAAGACUGCUGCACAGCAAGAAAAAGCUGCAGCUGAAGAACAGAACAUUGCUGCACAGCAGGAUAGAGCUGCAGCAGAACAAGAGAGAGCUGCAGCAGAACAACAGAAUAUUGCAGCACAGCAGGAGAGAGCUGCAGCAGAGGAAGCAAAAGCUGCAGCAAUACAGGAGAGAGCUGGAACCAAAGAGGAUAAAGCUAUAGCAGAAAAGGAGAAACUCUCAACUCCAUCAGAGAGAUUGCUAGACCAAGACCAAGAACUGAUGGGUGAACAGCUUAUGAAAAAGGAUGAAGAGCUAGAACAGCUUAAAGAAAAUAUCAGUCAGCUUCAGAGACAGCUUGAGAGUACAGAAAAUCAACUGAUGAGUCGCAGUAAGGAUGUUACAAAGCUGGAAGAAGAAGUGUCUUCUCUCCAACAGGUGCUGUCCACAGCUGGGCAGGUGGCAGCUGCAGGGAGACAGCUGCAGGAGGAUGAUCAUACAGACCACCCUACCAUUACAGAUGACAGGAUGGCUCAACUACAGGCAGAACUCACCUCCCAGGCUCAGAGACAUGAAGAAGAAGUCGUCCUGCUGAAAAGCAGUCUUCAAACUGAAAUGGAGAAGGUUAAAGAACAGCUGAGAGAGGAGUACAGGGCACGACUAGAGAACAUCCGUGUGUCUACACAGGGCAGGGCUCUCAAACAGAAACUGGAUGAGAUCCGUGCUGAGCUGACCUGGCAGCAUCAGCAGCACAUCAGGGACAUCCAGGACAACGCUGAGAGAGAUGCACAGAUGAGGGUGGAGGAGCUGGAACUCAGACACAGGGAGCACAUAGAAGAGUUACAGCGUCAGUACAGGAGAGGGCAGAAGGAAGGUUUGGUGGAGCCGGACAGACAGCAGACAGACGUGCUGUACAGACUGGACAGUCAGCACGGUGCUGUCACAGACAGGAGCAGCAGCAGUAGAGCCUCUCCCACCAUGUACACCCCUGCUGGUUCAGAGCUGGGCCACAGACUGCAGGAUGAGAUUGAUGCCACGGAGCGGUUAGAUACUAACCUGGUGAACCAGCUGAGACAGAGGCAGCAGGGAGUAGGGCAGGACCACAGUGACUCUGAAGUGGACGAUAUCGUGUCUACAAGACUGGAGGGGCUGGUGCGGAGGUUACACACAGAGGGAAGUAAAGUCCUGUCCCUGUCAGAGCUACAGUUUAUCCAGCAGCACAGUCUGUCUGCUCGUCCUCCUGUACCUGAUGGGGCGGAGAGGGACUCCCUGCAGCAGUCAGUCAAACAACAAGUUGAGUUGUUGGAGUAUAAGUUGAACCAGGAGAAGACCAUGGUGGAAGACCUCCAGUCAUCCCUGCUGUCAGAGAGAAAGAGAAAUGUAGAGCUGGUGUCUGGGGUGGAGGAGGAGAGGAGACUGGUAGUCUGUCUACAGAAUGAGCUGUCUAGUCUUAAGGUGCUGUCAGAGAGUUUACGUGCUGCUCUGGACAGAGAACAGACAAAGUUAGCUUCAGUCAGUGGUGCCCUGGAGUCAGAGAUGUCCCAUGUGAAGUCUUGUAAUGUUUGUAUGUCUGUUGUGGUUAGUGGUGCCCUGGAGUCCGAGAAGUCCCAUGUGAAGUCCUGUAAUGUUUGUAUGUCUGUUGUGGUUAGUGGUGCCCUGGAGUCAGAGAAGUCCCAUGUGAAGUCCUGUAAUGUUUGUAUUGUCUGUUGUGGUUAGUGGUGCCCUGGAGUCAGAGAAGUCCCAUGUGAAGUCCUGUAAUGUUUGUAUGUCUGUUGUGGUUAGUGGUGCCCUGGAGUCCGAGAAGUCCCAUGUGAAGUCCUGUAAUGUUUGUAUUGUCUGUUGUGGUUAG